GCAGUAUUGGGGCCACAUAGCUCGGCUUGGUUAGCUCAACCCUUUGUUGCUGUUGAUCCUCUUCACGUCUUCGCUUUGCUCGACGGCGUUCAUUUGCGUUCCAUUGACAGUAAUAAGUGGUGCCAGUGCCCAUCCAAGCAAACGAGCAAAAACACGGAUUCCCAUACAAAGGAAUAAAACAAUGAUCGAUACGGUGUCCAUCAUUAGCGACGGCGGCGUGGUGCUGUGGCAGCAAAGCACACACGAGACGGGCCGUCGGCCCAUGGUGAACAAGCUCAUCCAGGAGGUGCUGCUGGAGGAUCGCGCGGGCCUGACGCAGUACAGCGUGGGCGACUACCAGCUGCGGUGGGCCCUCGAGAACGACGCCAAGUUCUUCGUGGUGGCGGUGUACCCCAAAUUCUUCAAGCCGCAUUACAUGCAGAACUUUCUACGCGACAUCGCCGCGACGUUUGCCAAGAAGUACGGGAAACAGACGGCAACGGAUUUGUUUGCUGGCUGCGACGCGGACUUCAACACGGCAUCGGCGGGCAAGGCGAAUUUAAUGGACUUUGGCACCGAGUACGCGACGCUGCUGGACAAGUUUAACGCGAGUGAAGAGAUGGCCUCUCGCCAGGGUGCCAACGGCGAGGGCGUUGCGGCCGACGCAGGAGCCGGGGCUAGCGAUGACGCAGGCGCCGAGGAGGAAGACGAAGAAGCGGAGAAGUACGACGGUGGUGUGGAGGCGGCGGAAAACGAGGCUCAACACACCGCGCACCGAUCGGGCAAAGUCAUCGUCACCAAAGACGGCCGCCGCCUCGUCAUUGGCGGUCCGACGCCGGCUGCCGCAGGAGGUGAGGCCGACGCAGCCGGUGCUGCCGCUGCCCCUCCCUCGGCCGGCGGGGCAUCAAGAAAGCGCAACAAGAAACCGACGAAGUGGAACAGUCCGGGCGCGGUGGUCGACCCCAUGGUGGAACAGCAGUCUCAUCAGAAGAAGGCUACCGAGGCGGAGCUGCAGGCCCAGGCAAACGUUCAGCGCGAGACGUACAUCCGGCGCCUGCCGAACGGCGCCAUUGCCCCGGUCAAGGAACGGGAGUGGGAGGGCCAGUCGCGUGGGCGACUCGCGACCUGGCUCCGGUCUUACAUGGGCACCCGCUCCGUUGACAAGGAAGAUCUGCGCAACAUCAUUCCGGAUCUGCGGGAGAAGCUCAUUGCGAAGAACGUCGCGGUGGAGGUGGCGGAGCACGUAUGCAACUCUGUGGAGGCGUCUCUCGCCGGUAAGAAGCUCGGCACCUUCGACUCGCUUUACAAGACGGUCGACGACGCCAUGACCGCCUCUCUGCAUCGCAUCUUGCAGCCGAAGCGGGAGGUGAACAUUCUCCGCGACGUUGCCACAGCCAAGGCCGCGGGUAAGCCCUACUCCAUUGUGCUGUGCGGGGUGAAUGGCGUGGGCAAGUCCACCUCGCUGGCGAAGAUGACCUACUGGUUGCAACAGAACGGCAAUUCUGUGCUGUUGGCCGCUGGUGAUACCUUCCGGCACGGUGCGGUGGAGCAGCUGGAGGUGCACGGGCGCUGCCUCGGUGCGCCAGUGUUUCAGCUUGGCUACGGCACGGAUCCGUCCGCGGUGGCUGCCGCGGCGAUCACGCAGGCCAGCAAGCAACACACGAACGUCGUUAUGAUUGACACGGCGGGCCGCAUGCAGGAUCACGAGUCGCGCAUGCGAGCCUUGGCGAAGCUGAUUCACGACAAUCAGCCGGAUCUGGUUCUCUUCGUUGGCGAGGCGUUGGUCGGCAACAACGGCAUUGAUCAGCUGCGCAAAUUCAACCAGUGCCUCGUCGACUUCGCCCCUGUCGGUGCCCGGUCACGCGGCAUCGACGGCAUCGUCCUCACCAAGUUCGACACGAUCGACGACAAGGUGGGGGCUGCGCUGUCGAUGGUGUACGAGCUGGGCCAGCCGAUUGUGUUUGUAGGCGUUGGCCAGACGUAUCAGGACUUGAAAGUGAUCGAGCCGGAGGUGGUGGUGAGCGCGCUUAUGAAGUAG